AUGUCGACCACCAUCAGAUUGCUUGAUGGGAAGGCGCUGGCUCCUAACGCCUCUGUUGCGGAGCAAGAUGCUUUCUGCGAGGCACUCAUCGAGGGGUUCAGUAAGCAGGGCAUGGUGAAACUGAUCAACCAUGGGAUCCCGGACGAAGACAUCGACGGUAUUUUCCAGUGGAACCGGAAGUUCUUUCAACUGCCCGAUCACGUCAAGCGCAGCGUGGCGCAUCCCCCCCGCGCCAACCCGAACCGGGGCUGGGUGUGCGCCGGCCAAGAGAGAUCGGACAACAUCACAGACUUUGAAAAGGGCGUCAAGCAGAGGGCGAACAAAGAUGGCGUCUUUGAUCUCAAGGAAUCCUUCGAUACGGGCGCCAUCGACGAUCCGCUCUACGCCAACAAAUGGCCCGCAGAAUCGGACAUCCCGGGCUUCCGGGCACACAUGGAAAAAUUCUACGACAUGUGCCAAGACGUGCACAUUGGCAUCCUGCGGGCGCUCGAGCGCGGCUUCCGGGGCCGCGGCGUCAAGGUCGACCUCGUCGAACGGUGUCGCGAAAACGUCAGCGAGAUGCGCUUGAACUACUAUCCUCCAAUCGACAUCCCCUCCCUCCGCACGGGUCGCAUGUCGCGCAUCAGCGAGCACACCGACUUCGGGACGGUGACGCUCCUCUUCCAAGACAGCGUCGGCGGGCUGGAAGUCGAGUCGCAAAGCGCGCCGGGGACGUAUUUCCCCGUGGAAGCGAGCUCGGCGAGCGAGAUCCUGGUCAACAUUGGCGACUCGCUGCAGCGGCUGACCAACGACGUGCUGACGUCGGUCAGCCACCGGGUGACGGUGCCGGUCAGCGAGCGCGACCGCGAGGCCGGGGUGCUGGCGCCGCGGUACAGCGUCGCGUAUUUCGCGAAAGUGGCGCGCGGAGAGAGCUUGAAGCCCAUCGAGGUGUUUGUCGAUGAGGAGCGGGGGUGUCCGGCGAAGUAUCCGGACCUCACGGCGUGGGAGUGGAAUCAGAUCAAGUUGCAGAAGAUUUAUGGGUGA